AGAGAGACAGAGAGGGUCAGAAAGCAGCCGGGGGGGUUUUGCUUGUGGAUCUGCCUGACAGAUUUUGGGAUAAACUUCCCCAGGAGAAGCUCUAGAGUUGUGCCCAUACAAACUGAGGAUGAAUAACUUCACCACAACGCCACCCCCAGGCUGGUCACAUGUUACACAUAAGAAGAGCAGUCAUAUGUUACUUUAACUCAAUCUUACCUACAGAUAUCCUCCACCGGGUCACUAAUGCUGCAGAGAAUGGAGGGGGAGUGGAUGCAGCCAUUAUUGGAGGUGUGGCAGUUGCUGUCAUUGUGGUAUUUAUCUGCCUGUUGAUUGUGGUUCUUCGCUAUCUAUAUCGGCAGAAGGGCACAUACCAUACCAACGAGGCCAAGGGUACUGAAUUUGCCGAAAAUGCUGAUGCAGCCCUGAAAAAUGACCCCUCUCUCCAGGAGGCCGUAGAUGAAACCAAAAAGGAAUAUUUCAUCUGAUCUGAUGGCUCCACUGUGCCCCAAGUCUUUCCAUUUUCUGUUUGGUUUUCUUUAAAGGAUUAACAGCUGCCAACACUAAGCUCAUCUCUAAAAAGCACUACUACUUGUGGCUCAGGGAAGACCUUAUUUAUCAGGUGAAUGAAACUCACACACUGGAUUAUCAGUCUGAGGGAAACAUUGUUUCACCACAGCCUUUGGAAAUCCACUGUUUAGGUGCAUAUGAUGACAAUGUGCCCCUGGCAAGUCAACAAGAUGACCAUGUUCUUAAGGCAAGCCAAUGAGAUGACCAUGUUCCCAAGGCUCAUUAAGCAUUUACAACCUGGAACUGUGUUUCACUAGUUGAAGAAAACAUUAAUUUCCCUCUGGAUUCUGAAGUCAUUCUUAAUACCCUAAACCUAACCCUAACUGUUUCAGCACUGAAGAUGGUGAGGAAACAUCAUCAAUGAUUACUGAAUGGUGAAGGUCUAUGCUUAGUUAACAGCGCAAGAGGCAUUUCGAUUUUAACUUAAGUUUUUAUUGGCAGCUUUAAACAUGGUGAGAACAUUAUAUAAAUUGUGUAUUCUCUGGAGGUUGCUCAAGGGGCUGUGUUUAAUGAUCCAUUCCGUGAUACCUAUAGAAAAAUGUUCAUUAGAACCUUCUGUCCGGGUAACCAAAUGGUGCAGUUUCUAGAUGCAGAGAUGGUCAACCUUGGUUCACCAAAUGUUACUGCUCUACAACUCACAGCAUCUCGUUGAUAGAUGAAGGUUCUUGCUAGGUGUUGAGUGGGGUUGUCAUCUGGCUAGUGUUAUACUCGCUCAGCCCAUAAAUGCCACUGUUAAAUAAGAAGGCUGGUAAUGUUCUCCAGACAAGAUGGUGUUCCUAGUUCCUAGUGCUGUAACAUCUAUAGAGAGUAAUGAAUAUCUCUGUUUGCUCAUAGGGUGGUUAUUGAGAUAUUCCAAAAAUGUUAGCAUGCAAUUCUGUAUCAUUGCUUCUAGGUGGCUUAAAGUCAAUAAAGGGCAAAUACUC